UUUUUUUGUCCAAUGGCACAACAAGCAAUAAAUCAUCGUUUACCUUCACCUUCAAAAGGAAUUAAUAAUAAUAUUUCUCGUUCUGUCCCUCCACAACAACAAAUUAUUUCUUCUAAUAACAAAAAUAUAUUAACAACAAAUUCAACUUCAUAUUCAUUAAGUCCAUCUAAACAACAACCUCCACCUUUACUUCGAGUGACACAAGCCUCUUUUAGAGAAAGCAUACCUUCUCAAAAUAAUCAUUUUCCUACUGCUACAAGUAAUGGCCCAAGAAUUUCUGAAAAACAUUUACAUUUUGUUUGA